AGAGUGCUCAGGCUCAGGCAGUGCAUGGACGGAUGCAAGCGGGGGGACGACGGCGAGACCUGGCAUACGUUGUUAUUAUUAUUAUUAUUAUUAUUACUAUUAUUACUGCUGCUUUGCAGCUCAGAGUAGCCUUUCAACUUUGACACACCAUGUCACCGAGGGGAGCAAGUUAAGUGUGAUGUUGUAAAAUCCCUCUCAGCACCACCGACACAUCCUCUCAGGAGUGAUGGGUUCUAAGUUGACCAGGCAGAGAAGUCUCGAUUUUGAAACUAAAGUGUCCAAGAGGAGACGCCAGAAGAAUGACACCGCGGGGGAGAGCGAGAGAAGUGGCGGCGGGGACUUCGUGUUUACCUCCUUGAUGCUCAAAUCCGACAAGCUCCCCGGGAUGCUGCGGAAAACCAACCACAGCCCAUAUGUCAGACGGGUGGCUUGGAUCCGGGAAAUCCAGAGGCUUCUCCGGGAGCAGAAGAUGGAGCAAGCUGCUGAAGUGCUCAAACUGCUGAGAAAGGAUUUGGGACUCCAGGGAACGUCACUCAAUGACAUUUUGUACAAGAACGCAGCUUUUCUCAACCUGGUGGAUCCCAUUUCUCAUGAGCUGCUGCUCAGUCUUGCCCGGGACCUGCAGUGUCCGAAACGGGAGACUGACUCAUUCAAGUCCACCAACAAGAUCUGCCGCCAGCUGAUUUACCACCUGACCCCUCACUCCAAGUGGACGAGACAGAGCGUGCCCAGGAGGAAGACUCAGGCCUGUCUGAAGACGACCCUGAAGAAGAAACUUUCUGGUGACGUUGUCAACCUGUCAGGUAUCCCGCUGACUGGCCGAGACGUCCACCGCGUGGCCUUCUACCUCCAGAGCAGCAGCGACGCGGUGUCGACUGUGGACCUGAGCUUCACCGAACUGCAGGACGAGAGCUUACGGCUGCUGCUGCCCAACCUUGGCUGCCUGCCAAAACUCACCAUACUAGCCAUCAACGGCAACCGCCUGACAAUGGCCAUCCUGAAAGACCUGACUGAUGCGGUGAAGGAUCCUAAGAAGUUCCCCAGCCUGGCCUGGGUCGACCUGGGCAAUAAUUUGGAUAUCUUCACCGUGCCACAGCCGCUACUCGUGGCUCUGCGGCGCCGCUUCGGUUUACGCAGUAGCCUCCCCACCAUUUAUGAGUACAGGGAGGCGCAGGCCUUCAGUGGCUACAACCCAAACAUGGAGACGUCUGUGGAAGAGCCCAGUCUGUACGAGGAGGGAGAUGGAGAGGAAGAUGAUAAAGAUGAAGAGGAGGACAGGCUGGAGCUUCGAGCCUGGGGCUGUGGAGAAGGAAACAUGUCAAAAAGUGUGCCACUGCACUUAUGUGGGAGGUGAUCGCCCAGAGCUGCUUUCUCUUAGACUAGCUGCCCCUUAUAUCCCUCAGCAUCACCUCGCCCUUAGCCUCCUCUGUUAGCAGCUGUCUUUGUGGCAGAUGCUUACAGUGACCCACGCGUUUCCUAAAAUAACUUUAAAAUAACUAACUGUGUUUAAACUACUGAAACUCAGCAAUGUGUUGCAGGCAGCUCUGUGCUGUUUCCCAGUGCUUUAUGUUCCUAAUGUGUUGUGCUCUCACAUCUUGAUGUUUCCCACUGGAGCAGCUGGGGGUUAAGUGCCUUGCACAAGGGCACCUCAACAGUAGCGGUUGAGGAAGGAGGACAGCGUUGCUAAUUCACAUUACCCAGCUGGUCUCUCUGACAGCUUCACCCCUGUUGCCCCGAUUCUGUGAAAAGUCUGAAUAAGUCAAAGUAACUGAAUAUCCUGCUUAAGAAAAAGUGUAAUUUCAACUGACAUGUUUGCUCUGAUGGAUAUGUUUUAAGUCUGCAGGGAGAUUAUGUUCUCAUAAAAAAGUUUUUCUUGUGUCAGUAUUUAUUUAAGAAUUAUUUUGAGCUAAAUGAUGAGUUAUGGUAAGUAAAUGAGACAUAUGAAUCUAUUUGAAUUUAAACUUCCAGCACUGAUGUUUCACUAAGUGUUGAUGCUGCAGCUGUGUGGAGAAGAAGCGCCGCCUGAUGCACACGUGCAGACAGUGUUUGGUCAUGAGCCGCCAAUGAAAUUAUUACUGCUUCUAUCAGGUCUUGUUAGGCCCCUUUAGUCACAGAUGGUGAGCAGAGGAUCUAUUUUUUCCCAGCAAAUAGGACUAGCCGCAGAUAAUUUGUUCCACUGGUGGUUUGUGAGUGAUUCUAUUUAUGAAUCAUACCGAGAGAUGCCCACUCUUUUUUAAAGGCGUACACAGACAAUGAAUCGAUAACAAACAUCUCUGCUUUUAUCUACAGCGUGCACAUGCAUCUUUGUUUUGGCAUGAGUAAACUGCAACCGUUUCUUUUUUUAUUCUUCUUUUUUGUUUGUUUUUAAAUGAGCAUGACUGUUUACUUUAGCGCAGCAUCAGAUACCACAAACGGAGAGCAUGUUUACAUUAAUGUUCCUAUGAAUUUGAGAUUCUUUUGGAGGGGAGUCCAUAAAUAUUGCGGCAUGUGAACACAACUUUACACUUAAUGCUGCCUACAGAUGUAAAUGUGCUCUGUUGCUAUUAUUCAGGAAAGUCAGUUUAUUUGUGUUUACAGGGAUGUAAAUGAACAGGAUGCAGUGUGUGUGUGUGUGUGUGUGUGUGUGUGUGUGUGUGUGUGUGUGUGUGUGUGUGUGUGUGUGUGUGUGUGUGUGUGUGUGUGUGUGUGUGUGUGUGUGUGCAUGUGUGUGUGUGUGUGUGCAUGAGUGUGUUGUGGUAAAUUACUACCUUUAAUCGUGGAAAUUAAAUGUUUACUCAUUUGCACUUUAAGGAUGAAAACGUCCCUGAAUGCAGAAGCUUUGUUUCCAUGUGUUGUUGUUGAUAUUAAAAAAAAACCCACUUCCUAAUAUAAAUGUUUUAUUAUAACUUUGUUUUUUAUUAGAUAAAAAAAAUCAUCAGCCUUCAUAUACAAAUCACUGUCAUGAUGAAAAUCAGUUGUUAAUGUUCUUUAUUUUGUUUUUGGCUCAUUAAAUCAUGGCUUCGUUUUUUAAGUAGAAGUGAUGUCUGCCUGCUGUUGCUUACACAAUAAACAUGAUUUGAAUAACA